CUUGUGUUCUCUUCCAGUAUGACUGAUACUAAUGAUGUUUUCAUGCAAAAUGGAAUAGGAGAAGACAGGAAAUCUGCAGAAGAAAUGGAUGUGCUACGUCAAAAAAUGUUAGCGUAUGAGUAUCUCUGUCAUCUGGAAGAAGCUAAGAAAUGGAUGGAAGCUUGUCUGAGAGAAGUAUUGCCUCCAACAACAGAAUUGGAGGAGAAUCUACGCAAUGGUGUAUAUCUAGCAAAACUUGGCCACUUUAUGGCACCUGAUAUUCUGCCACUGAAUAAGAUAUAUGAUUCUGAGCAGCGUAGAUACAGAAUUGUAGGGUUACAGUUCCGUCACACAGACAAUAUAAACCACUUUUUAAGAUGUUUAAAAUGUACGCAGCUACCAUUGACAUUUCAGCCAGAAACAACAGACAUAUAUGACAAGAAGAAUAUGCCACGAGUAAUAUAUUGCAUUCAUGCCCUUAGUACACAUUUAUUUAAAUUGGGUAAAGCACCACAAAUACAAGAUUUAUAUGGAAAAGUAGAUUUUACAGAUGAAGAAAUUGAUGCUGUUAGAAAAGAACUACGAAAAUAUGGCAUCCAAAUGCCUGCCUUCCAAAAAAUAGGAGGUUUACUAACUAACAAUAUCGCUACUGACACUGCCACUCUUCAUGCAGCUGUAAUUGCAGUUAAUCAAGCCGUGAUGAAGAAAGAUAACACAAUGAUAUUACAAGCGCUUCAAUGUAAAGCAGCGCAAUUAAAUAACAUUGUGCCUACUUAUAUUGAAAAAUAUGCCAAGACAUUGUCAGAAGCUAAAGCUAAAAAGGUAGAGGCAACGCUUAACAAGUCUCUCAACGAUAGUUACGAACCAGAUGCCUAUGAUGAGUUAUUAACGCAAGCCGAAAUACAAGGACACAUUAAUUACGUGAAUGCUCGUUGCGCGCUGAAGGCUAUCGUUUCGUUUGCAUAUCGUAAAGAUAAUCAAUUAAUAUCUGCUCUAAUGACACAGACAUUAUCUCUCAAGAAUAUAAUUCCUGAAAAUAUUGAAAUAUACAACAAAGAAUUGAAGCGGCUAUUUGAAAGCGACGAAUGGCACGAUAUAUUUUCCAAGAAUAUUCACCAUUGGCAAGAUCUACUUCAGAACUCGAUUGACGAAGGAAACGAGAUUGUACUGCAACGUCGUGAGCGAGAGGAAGUUAUGGAACGUUUAAAUAAGUUUUUACUACAAAACACUGAUCAAGAGAAAUUCUACGAAAUCUUGCGGAGCCCUUGUCUGGGAAUUUCUCAUCGCAUCGAUAAAUUUGCGGUCCCGUUGUACUACGAGGAGAUGAAAGACGAUUGUAUUGAAUCGGAGGGUGGUAUUACCUACGAGGAUGUAAUAGUCAGUGUAACUGUGUUAACCGCUAUCGCCUCUAUUUCCAAGGCGGUAGACACGGGAAAUCCAGAUCUCGUGUAUGAAAAGCUGUCGAAUGCCGAAGCACGUAUAUCCGACUUAGACGAGGAGAACAGAGUGAAGUAUACCCGUGCACUGGUGAAUGCUCGGCACGAAAAGCAACUGAGGAGCUUAAAGUGCCCUUUAUUAACUUACAGCGACAUUCAAAUAUGCAUCGAUUCGAUAAAUGCGCAAUGCAUUAAGAACUCGGAAGUUAUAGAGAUUUUACAACGAUUAAAUCGGGCUGUGAUCGAGAACGAUUAUGACAGCUUGAGGGAGGCCCUUGAAACGAUAAAUGCGAAGCUCGGUAUACACGUGUCUCCGUACGACGUGACGCUUUAUUUAAAGCUGUUCAAGAAACGUUUAAUUGAGAAACAAUCCGAUGGAUCUGAGUUAUGGCUAGAUGACGUUGAAACUAUAACGGAAAUAGUGAAAUCGGAAAGCAUGAAAGUCGAAGAAAUGAUUAUGUUUCUGCUUGAUAUUAAUGAAGCGGUGAAACAGGACAAUAUGUCAGAUGUGAUCGAUUGUCUUCAAAUAUUCGGUUGUACACUCGAUGAAGCGUUUCAUGAGGAGUAUCAUCAGUCAUUGCGGCAGUUACAAAAGCGAAAGCGCGAAAUCUACAGUUCUUCAUAUGUUUUAUACAUCACUGAUAACGGAAAUGAAGCCUAUAUCGAUAUGGACAAAGGCGUGUACAUGUGGGAUCAACCGGCAGAUCUCGUGGAAUCUUACUAUAUCACUGGGGAGGAUGUAAAAGAAAUAAUUAAAUACAUCGGCUCAACAUCGAGGAAACAUCAAGACGAAACAUGGGACGAAAGAAGCGUAUUCGAAGAGAUGAUUACCAGACUUCAGGCUUAUAUCCGGGGAAAUUUGCUACGUAGAAAAGUUCACGAAAUACGCUCUCAAUUCAAGAAGAAUCUGAAAAAAGUUGUCAUGAUACAAGCGUGGUGGCGAGGAAUUAUGCAACGUAAACGAUAUCUUAAACUUCUGGAAAGAAGACGGCAAGAUGCGAUAUUACAAUAUCACGAGAGCGAGAGCAAAUUAUUAAACAUUAAAAUAGUGGACAAUUAUGAUAUAUUAAGCCUAUAUAUGAACGAGCAAGACAUUGAGCGGAUAAUAAAGAUACAAGCUCUGUGGCGUGGCCGAAUAUCUAGGCAAGCCUUUCAUUCGUUACUUUACUCGGAAAAGCCAUCUUUCGCUGUGGUCCGACAUUUCUCGACGGUGCUCGGCUUCAACGCGGAAGAUUACGACAAGGAUCUAGAGCUACAAAAAUUAAAGCUCGACGUUGUGCAGGGUAUAAAGCACAAUCAAAAUCUGUCGCAGCAGCUGGACAGCAUGUACGUGAAAAUAGGAUUGUUGAUCCAGAACAGAAUAGCAUUACAGGAUGUAGUGGCGCAUAGUAAGAAUCUGGAUACUCUUGCGAAGGAGAAGAAUACGACCGAGGAUCAGACGGGAGUUUCAAACGACAGCAUCAUGAUAAAAGCGCAUAAAGGCCUCAGAUCGCUGACGAAGGAGGGUCGUAAGAUGCUGGAAGGAUACCAGCACUUAUUUUACGCGUUGCAGACGAAUCCGCAAUACCUGUCGAAAUUGUUGCACUUGCCUCCUCAGGGUAAGACGAACAAAUUGUUUCUGAAGAACGUCAUUCUGAUAUUGUUCAAUUUCGGCUCGAACACGCGAGAGGAUUACCUAUUGCUGAAGCUCUUCGGCAGCGCGUUAAGGGAAGAGAUCAGGUGCAACUGCGACAAGCCUUCGGAUGUGUUGACCGGCAAGCCGCUUGUGCGCGAAAUGGUAGUGAGUUACGCGAAACAGUUGAGCGGCCAAGGAUUACUGAAGCAAGUAGUGGGACCAUUGAUCGAAAAAGUCCUGGAAGACGGGACCCUGUACCUCGAGACGAGUCCAUCUGACAUAUACAAGCUGUGGCGAAAUCAGUUGGAGAUGGAAUCCGGCCAAAUUCAAGACAUGCCUCAGACGGUGUCUCGAGAGAGCGCAUUGUGUUUCCCUCACGUGAGCAGGGUGUUGGAAAAGACAAUAAACGGUCUGAAAAGUAUCUCUCUCGAGUUUCUGAACAAAAUAACGGAAUCUCGCGACUGGAUACCAUAUGGAAUGCUCUACAUGGCGAAAGUCCUGUACGACUCGCUGACGGAGAAGUUCCCGCAAGCUCCCGAGAAGGAUAUUCUGAAAGCCGUCGGCAAUUUGAUUUACUAUCACUUCAUCAAUGCCGCGAUCGUGGCGCCCGAUACCUUUGACAUCGUGUCGUUGCCGGUCGACAAGUCGUUGUCCAGCAACCAGAGGCGAAAUCUGGCCACGAUUGCCAAGAUUUUGCAGUUCGCCUCCACGAAGAAGGGUUUCGGCGACGAGUCACCGCAUUUGGGAUGUCUUAAUCCGUUCAUCAUCGACUGCCACGAACAGUUCAAGAGUUUCUUCCGGCACUGUUGUCAGGUGGAGGAUCUCGAGGAGCACUUCAACAUCCACGAAUACACGGAAGCCACGCUCAUACAAAAACCAGAGAUCUGCAUAUCCCUGCAGGAAAUAUGUGACAUACAUAACUUGGUGCUGAAAUAUCAGGACGAGAUAGCGCCUGAUCAGUCCGACCCUUUGCACGACCUGCUGGAAGACUUGGGUCCGGCGCCGACUGUAGCGUCGUUACUCGGAAUAUCUCAACCGACAUACGAGGCGAAUUUGCCGCGAUAUAGCAAAACCGAGGUAUGUUUGGUGUUGACUAACAAGUACCAAGUGCCGCGACACGACGACGCGAAUCUGAACAACCUUUUCAUACAAGCGAAAGAAUUGCUCGUUUCGGUUCUUCCGUUUCUAAAGAGGCAAUCUUUGGUGGAAUCCUUAGAGACCAGUUGUUCUCCGAUGUACGUGAAGCUUUACGAUCACUCGAUGGCAACGCCAGCAUUACACGUUAUUCGCGAGAGCUCGUCUGUAAACGACUGCAAGCUGCAAUUACGCUCGUACCUGCACAAACUCGAACUCGAGGGGUGGGUGAGUCGUGCGGACGGCUAUCAAACGAUCGUGACUGCCAUAGCGAAGGACAUCUGCAACAAGAAGAAGUACCGUGUCAUGAGAGAUACGGAACUGCAGACGCUGCGUGCGACCAAAGAGCGACUGGAAGAGAAGACGAAGUAUUACGAGGAGCAGGUUGAAUUCUACAAUCAAUACAUACAACGAUGCCUCGAAAAUUUGCACACCGGAAAGGGUUCGCGUCGCGCGUAUCAAGCACUGCAGAAAGAUACGCACGGCAAGCUGAGAUCCAAGAUGACGCUGAAGUAUUCUGCCUGGAAGCUGCAGGAGAAAGGCGUGCUGGUGGAGGUCGACGGGUUGACGCAGACGGAGCUGAGAAACGUUAUCUUCGAGAUCAGUCCGACGGAGCACAGCGGUCUCUUCGUCGUCAACUGCCGAUUCAUGGGCCUUGAGAUGGAGAAGCUCGACAUCAACAUACAAGAGUUGCUGCAAUUGCAAUACGAGGGCGCAUCAAUCAUGAACAUGUUCGGCAGAGCGAAGGUCAACGUGAACUUGCUCCUGCAUCUCCUCAAUCGAAAGUUUUACGGGAAGACCUGAACGCGCGACCUCGCGCGAAGGCGCGUAUCGGCGGAGAAAAAAAAAACCAGGUCCUGGACGUAGAAGACGCGAAGUUGGUUUCACGUUGUCAUCCUCUACGUGCAAUUUAUCGUUAGCCGAACGUGCUCGGAAAGCGGGCACAGCGGUUUCGUCGCUACGACAAAUUGGACGAGUGUAAUCCGCGAACUCAGUACUUCCGUACGUUGAGAGAGAGUGUUCCAGAGACCGCCGAUAUAUUGUAAUAUACUAAAUAUAUAACACGCGGGGUGCGACAGAUUCCUGAGAUUUCAUUUUACCAUGUGCUGAGAUGCUCCGAUUGUUAUCUUUCUAUUAUUUUAAAUACAGUUGAAAGGAACAAAUGAGCAAAGAGGAUUUCAACUUUAAAAAAAAAGAAUAUGCACGAGCGGCAAAGGUAUUUCACACGUUAACGAUGUUUAAAUUAUCAA